UCUGUGUUGAUGUCUGCUGUUUCCUGGCUGUGUGUGUUUUCACGUGACCUCUCAGAGAGCCCGUGCGCCUCUGAAGCAGCGGCGGACACUGAAAGUAAAAGGAAACUCCGCAGUUUAGAGCUCAGUAGUUGCCAAAUUACUUUAAUAUAGUUAUAGUGAACACUUGCCAUUUUCGAGGAUGUUUUCACUCGCGGAGAAAAUGGAGUUCUUCAUCGGAAACCCCUUUUCAACGCCCGUCGGUCAGAGAAUCGAAACACAACUCCAAAUGAAUAAUGAUCUUGCUCCAUAUCUGCUGGAUGCGUUAACGGGAAACUGCUAACAUGUUCAUCACAACAACUUUAUAAGAGCGAGCGACCAGCAGCUGUCUGCAGUCGGAGGACUGGGGGCUGAACAUGGAGAUAUGUGACAUCAUCAACGAGACGGACGAGGGGCCCAAAGAUGCAGUCAAAGCUAUUAAGAAGAGAAUCGUAGGAAACAAGAACUUCAGAGAGAUCAUGUUGGCUCUUACUGUUCUUGAGGCCUGUGUGAAGAACUGUGGCCAUCGCUUCCACAUUCUUGUGGCGUCGCAGGAGUUUAUUGAAGGAGUUUUGGUGCGUUCCAUUCUGCCCAAAUAUAACCCCCCCACUGCCCUCCAUGACAGGGUGCUCAGCCUCGUACAGUCGUGGGCUGACGCGUUUCGCAGCUCUCCCUCCUUAACGGGGGUGGUGUACGUAUAUGACGACCUGAGGAGACGCGGUCUGGAGUUCCCCAUGACAGAUCUGGAUGCUCUGUCCCCGAUCCACACUCCGAAUAGGAGCACCCCAGAAGACAGGACUCCUGAAACAGCCCCCGCUGCCGCUCCCACACAUCAGCCUCAACCACAAGCACUUUCCAGUGUUCCCAGCCAGAGCACUUCAGCUCCCGUCCAGUCCAGUGAGGGACCAGCCUCCCUCUCUGCAGAACAGGAACAGAAACUGCGGAGUGAGCUGGCGCUGGUGAACGGAAAUCUCACUGUGAUGUCAGAAAUGCUGAAUGACCUAACACCUGGACAGUGCCAGCAAGAUGAUACAGAGCUGCUGCAGCAGCUGUACUCGAUGUGUAAGAGCAUGCAGGCUCGAGUGGUGGAGCUCAUCCCCCAGCUGCUGGAUGAAGGGUUUAUUGGAGAGCUGCUCGUGCUCAACGAUGACCUCAACAACGCCUUCAUCCGCUAUGAAAGGUUUGAAAGACUGAACAAGACACAAGUUCCAAAUACCCCACAGCAGAGCGCUUCCACAACUCCGAGCCUCAUGGACUUCAGCCCUAAACCCUCGACUCUGAGCCAACCUGCUGUCAUCACAACAACCAGCCAACCAGCAGCCAGCACACAGGCCAAUCUACAGCAGUCAGCCAACCACAAAGAGGAAGAGGAGUUUGACAUGUUUGCCCAUACAAGAGGCAGCUCCCUGGCUGAGCAGAGGAAAAGUGUCAGGUAUGAGGACCCAGGAGCUGUGGAGGGCCUUGCUGGAGCUCUGGAUACGAGGUUGCAGGUCACAGGAGGGAUGCAACCAACGAAAAACUCUCAGCAGAACGAUGUUGACAAAUGGUUAUCGUGUGAUAUGGAAGACCAGUCUUCAGUCAGUGAGGGGGUGUCCAGUGAAGAGUUUGAUAAGUUUCUGGAAGAUCGUGUGAAGGAAUCGGACAACAGCGGUCCGGCAAUUUGCAGAGUGCCCCCCUCCACAUCCAGACCUGCACCACAAUCUACCCGACAACAGGACAAAUCAGACCAGCUUUUUUCACUUUGAGUGUGAGGACUAACAAGAGAAGCAGGUGGAUGUAAAGGUCAACCUACACACACACCAUCUCAUUGAAAUAUACCCACAAUCACACACGAGCUGUGUUAAGUCAGGUUUUCUCUGAAACCACACACACACAAUGAAACCUGUCACUACAGACCUGAUGCCUAAUCAACUUAUAAAUGCAAUAUUUCUUAGUUGAUUCCUGCUGUUUGUUAUCUUUAUGUAAGUAUAAACAACUUUAUGUGACUGUAUUUAUGAGAUGUAUUAUUAUAAUGUUGAUGUAAACAAGAACUUAAAUUAGAACAAGUGUUUACAGUUAAGUAGAAUUUUGAAAAAUAAUUAUGCCGUCACGUGCUUUUGACCCAUUGAUUUUGUGUAGAUGAGAAUAAAUGGGGUUAUUGUCCUGCAAA